GACGACGCUGGGCCAAUUGUGCGCCGCCCCAUGGGUCUCCCGGUCGCGGCCGGCUAUAACCUCAUUGUGGUUCAAAAUAACUGAUACACUCCUCUGCAGUAUGUCACAGCUUUAUAAGUGUGCUUAGUAGUGUAGUUAAGUGGUAAUAGGUUAUAGGUGUUGUAUAUGAAUCCUGCUGCUGAACAUUAUGGCAUGUUUGUUUAGAAAAAAUCUUGCAUCACUGCGUCACACAUUCUCCUUAACUUGCACUGGUGAAACAGACGGUAAGGGCUGGCUCUCACUUCUGGACAUGUCCGAUGCCAGGGCAUCAGUGCUGGACAAGAAGAUGCCUUUCAGGCUGCUGAGGAACAUUGGUGUCCUGUAUGUCCCUGCAUCAACAGAGGAGAGAAGGAAGACGGUCCACCCACCAAUCAUUCCAACCCCAGGCUCCUACCCAGUCCAAGCCUACGCUCCAGUGUCCUUUACCUCCAACCUACAGGCUACCGAGACCACACCAAAGACAUUUGAAGGCUGGGCCAACUCCUACUAUACACAGGGGAGCCCUGUUCAGCUCUCAGGUUAUAAUGGACACAACCAUGGAUAUGGCCUCAAGCAUAGCUUUGGGCCAAGUCACGGACAUAGUCACGAACAUGGACACAGCUGCAGCCACAGCCAAGGUCAUGGACAUAGUCACGAACACAGCUUCGGCCAUGGACUCAGUCAUGGGCAUGCAUCUGCCUCUCAAACCAGCAGUCACUGGGCUCCAGUGGCUCAACAUCCACAUUCUCAACAUUCCCACCUCAGUCCACUGUCUGUGUCUGUCAGUGCCCCCCAGAGUUUCACAGCAAAAAUGCUGGAGUCACUGCCAGAAUCUGUGAUGGUUCACCCAGGAGCACCUGUGUCUUCACUGACAGAUUGAUGACUUCAAUCCGUAACGGCAAAACUCGCUAUAGCUCGAUUGAAAUUUAAAGGCAAUGUUCGCGAAGACCGGAAAUUACAUUUACAUUUCAAGCGUGCUAUUUUCAGCAAUCACAAUCCUUGUAAAAACGUCAAAUCUUGGUAUAACUAAUAACAUAAAAAAAAUAAAAAAUGUCAGUGUGGUUAUAAGCCGCUAUAGCUCUGAACUACGGCAAUACGGAUUUAAUCGAGCCCAUAGUUGUCAUUCAAUGUGUUUUCUGUCUCAUGUUAUACAUUGAGAUGUAAUAUGCUUGGACAAGUGGUUUGAGGCAGUACUUGAAGGUCCACUUUUUCUUCACUGAUGUUUUUGGUUUGAAUAUACAAGCAGGCUCUGAAUGUUCAAGGUCAAAUCAAUGCAAGAAGGGUUUGAUUGUCAGUUGAUUGUAAGACCACUCCUUUUG